AUGUCUUUUCCAAGUGGCCUGUAUACUCUCAGAGCCUCUCCUGCUGCCGGAUACGGUGGUUUGUAUGCCACUGGAAACGGCGUUGACGACGUUGUGGCCGUCGCGCCACAGUCGCCACCGUUCAUUGAGCGUCAGGUCUGGAAGAUUGAAGCCGUCCAUGGCAAGGAAAGCGCAUACACCAUCAGUCUCCACACCAAUGGAAGUACUUUUGGAGGACAUUGGUUCCCAAAGGACGGGGAACCGAUUCCUGAGCACCCCGUCGUUACUUCGGAAAAUUCUUACGAAUGGUUCAUUGCGUAUAAGAAUAUUCCGGACGUUCCUCACAUCAUCACCAUUCGAGCACCUAAUCCCCGUCUCGGCGUGGACUUUUAUGCUGGAACUAAUGAUAAAGAACAAGUUGUCAUCAAACCCGUUCCCGUUAUUCCAGAUGCAGAGGCACCCUACUGGCAAUUCAAGCCCCACCUACUAAGUUAAUGAGCGCGAAGAUCUGUUGGUGAUUUCUAAAGGAAUUAUGAAUUUAGCGAGAUUUUGUGCAAUGCUGCGCUUAUGUGUACCAUCAACUUCCAAUGCAAUGAUGUUCCUAAGUGGAUUGACU